AUGUCACAUGUGGAGAGUGUGAGCCCAAUCCCACUGUGGCUGGAUUGCGAUCCUGGCCAUGAUGAUGCAUUCGCCAUGUUGUUGGCUGCUCACCACCCCUCACUCAAACUACUUGGAAUCACCACGAUCCACGGCAAUGCUUCAUUAGAGAACACAACUAUUAAUGCGGUGAGCCUCCUGGAGGCCAUGGGUAAACCAGAUAUUCCUGUCUACCCGGGCACCCGGAAGCCAUUUUCUCGGCCUGCACUCCACGCCCCAAAUAUCCACGGCGAAUCGGGCAUUGAGGGAACCCACCUUCUUCCCAAACCAUCUCGAGCACCGGUUUUGGACAAAAACCCAAUCCUUGCAAUGCGAGAUGCUCUUUUGGCCCAGCCUAAAGGCACACCAUGGGUAGUAGCUACAGGAACACUUACCAACGUUGCGCUGCUGUUUGCGACAUUCCCAGAGGUAGUUGACCAUAUUCAAGGACUUAGCAUAAUGGGAGGUGCCAUUGGCGAAGGUUUCACCGACGCUCCCAUGAGUAAAAUUCCAGGAGAAACAGCUCGCAUUGGCAAUGUGACCCCCUGGGCAGAGUUCAACAUCUAUUGCGAUCCUGAGUCGUCCGAGUCGAUCUUCAGCAACCCCGUGCUUGCUGCAAAGACCACAAUAGCUAGUUUAGACUUGACUCAUCAAGUCCUUGCCUCCAAGCAAGUCCAGAGCCGAAUCUUGCAUGGGUCUGAUUUGUCCAAGCCCCCCACGGUCAUCAGACAGAUUCUGCAUGACUUGCUGCUUUUUUUCGCGAGUACUUAUGAAAAGGUGUUUGGGCUGGAUGCUGGCCCACCUCUGCACGAUCCUCUUGCAGUGGCUGUGAUACUCUCCAACUUGAAUCCUACAUUUGCCCAGCGAAACGCGGGCCAGGUGCUUCAGUUCGAUGACAGAGGAGGCGAGCGGUUCGGCCUGAAAAUUGUCACUGAUGGCGAACAUGGCCCUGAUGUUUCGGUCACCGGUCAAUUGGGACGGUCGAUUGCCACUCCAUCUGGUCAAACCGGGGUUGCUAUCCCCCGAGGAGUCGAUCUGGAUGCGUUUUGGGAUUUGAUCAUCUAUUCUAUUCAAUUGGCUGACGAUUGCAACGCUGCCCGAACUCUAUGA